CCACAAUCGUCAUCGCAUCCCAGUUUUUUUUAUUUAUUUAUCAAGGACACGGAGACUGCAACGAUGCCAGCAGAUAGACCGAGGCGAAAAUACGGUGCAGCUUGCGUGGCAUGUCGGCAGAAGAAGGUGUCGUGUGACGGCACAAAGCCGCGCUGUGCAGGCUGCGUUGAGACGGAAGAGGAGUGCAUCUACAUCGCCCCUCUCCGACACCUCCGCCAGCGCCUUCCGGUUUCCACCUCGCCGGUCGCAAUGUCCAACCACGGCGGAUCGCAGGCCACACCACCAGCAGGUGCAAGCAUGGAGGACCGCAUGCGCCGCGUAGAGGACCUGCUUGGCCUCGGACCCAUGCACCACGGCAAGCAUGAGCACGACGUCUCGGGCGGCCCCUCGGCUUCCGGCAGCGGUUCCGAGAAGGACAUGGUCGUCAAGUCGUACCGCAGCCCCUCGGGAGCCAACUUUGGCGCAUCCAAGUACCGCUUGAUGAUGGACAACAGUGGAAACAUUGUCUACCAUGGUCUCACGUCCCUCACACAUCCCGAGACCGAGGGUCCAGAGGACGACCAUCGCCCAGCAGAGGUCCCCGGUGUCACGGCCGACGGGCUCGGCGAUCCAGCAUUCGCGCCCAUCUUCCAGGCGCUAGCGACUUCCAAGCACGUCUCAGUGUCUCCCGAGAUCGGCGACGCCCUCCUCGAGGUGCACUUUUGCUACUCGGCGCCCGUUUUCUGCGUGGUCACCAAGCAGCAGUUCAUGCGCGACAUGGCUCUUGGCGGCCCAUUCUUCUCCGAGUUCCUCCUCAUGACGAUAUAUGCUUCGGGUACUCGCAUGAUUGACGGCCUUGGCGCAGCCGAGCGUCAGGCACAAGGCGAUUUGUUUAUCCGGCUGGCCCGAGAGAUGCUCGCCAAAGAGUUGGGCGGCAGCAGCAAGAUCACAACGGUGCAGGGGCUGCUGCUUAUGAGUGCACGAGAGUGUGCUGUGGGCAAUGCCAGUCAAGGUUGGAUCUACGCUGGUAUUGCAUUUAGGCUUCUUCAAGAUCUUGGUAUCCACCUUCCAUGGGAGAACGUUCCCGGUUCGUCACGCAUUCCGGCCGAGGAGAAGGCGGCCCGAGACAGGUUGUUCUGGUCGGCGUUCAUGUGGGACAAGACAAUAUCGCUCGCCGUUGGUCGUGAACCAACCUUCCCGCUGCGUAUCGGUCUCGAGCCCACUCGCGUCCCGGACUUUGAGGACGAGUCGAGGCCAUGGACGCCGUUCUAUGCCAAUCCUCGAAACUGCCCCCGCACGCUCGUUGGAUACGUCUACCAGCCCAACUACAUUGUUACCUCGUUCCGUCUGCAUGCCAAACUGUCCAGGGUCGUCCACGAUAUCAUCGUCCAGUUGUACAACCCCGAGACGCGUCUUACUUCGCACCAGCGCAUUGCCUUCAUUGCCAAGACGAGGCCACGACUGGAGAAAUGGUGGCGCCAGUUCCCCGAAGACAUCAAGGGGCCCAAGGAGGUGUCUCCUCCGCCAUGGGUGUACAGUGUUCAGAUGCUCUACCACGCAUCGUGGAUCCUGCUCUAUCGCCCAUUAAUCGACGAGCAUGAGCUCAAGACGGUUGAAGGCCACAUUGUCACCUGCGAGGAGCACAGCAUUGUUGCUCACCAACUGUCGGCGAGCUUCAACCACACCUUCAAGGGCAAGCUGUCCUAUCUCGGCAUGUACUGUGCCUUUGUCUCUGCCACCUUUGACAUCUUUACACUCAAGACGGAGCGGCUGGAUACCCAGCUGAGUUCACUCGAGCGUCUCAAGUCGUGGCUAGACAUUCUGGGAACAAGCGCCCUCCAGGGCCCAAGUAUCAAGCGUUCCCUCCACACUAUCGGCGAGGAGACGUACAAGCACGUUUCGCGGGACCCAAUCCUCGCGUCCUCAGAUGCUGGUCAGUUUAUCAUGUCUCGCCACUCGGCGCAGACGGCUGCUCAGGUCAGCCCGGUGUCAGGCUUUGACGGUUACGGUGGUUACGGCCAGGGUGGUGCGAUCGACUUUUUGGAACUCCUGGGCCCAACACAGAUGUAAGGAGCGGUAGGUGUGGCGAGACCACUUGUGUUGAACACUGUAGCAAUAUCAUGGGGAUGUAAAUGCAAGAUGUCAAGGGAG